CAAAUCGAAAGUGAAAGUUUUCACAGAGUCAGCAGAUUAUCAGGAGCAGGAAAGGGACAGCUGGCUGUGAACUGAUAUCCUCACUGGGUUUCUGAAGAGUUCCUUUAGUGAGACGCAGAUUAAAGAGGACUUUGUGCUUGUUGGAGUUUCUACAGGAAGAUGAAGAUGUUUGUGGUGUUUGUGAUCCUCGUGCACGUUUCCCAGCAUGCCUCAGCUGUGGAGCUGUAUGAGGGGGAGGAGUUUGUCCUGCUGCCCUGUAAGUAUCCCACUCCUGACAUAGACGACCCCACAGUGGUGUGGAGCCGCAAAGAUCUCAAUCCUCCAACCGUCCACCAGCGUAAGCAGGAAGGUGAUGAACUUACAUACCAAAACGAGCUUUACAGCGGCCGAACAUCCAUGAUGACUGACGCUCUGGAAACUGGAGACUUCAGCCUCAACCUGACAAAACUCCAGCUCUCUGACAGCGGCACCUAUACCUGCACCGUCAGAGUGUUAAGAAGACAACAGAAACUGGGAAACAUACAACUGAAGGUCAAAGCAUGCCUCAGCUGUGGAGCUGUAUGAGGGGGAGGAGUUUGUCCUGCUGCCCUGUGAGUUUCUCACCUUUGACCUGGACGACCCCACAGCGGUGUGGAGCCGCUACGAUCUUGAUCCUCCAACCGUCCACCAGCGUCAGCAGGAAGGUGAUGAACUUAAAGACCAAAACCAGCUUUACAGCGGCCGAACAUCCAUGAUGACUGACGCUCUGGAAACUGGAGACCUCAGCCUUAACCUAACAAAACUCCAGCUCUCUGACAGCGGCAGCUACACCUGCACCGUCAGAGCAGCAGGAGGACAAUGGAGAGUGACAGAGAUACAGCUGCAGGUCAAAGAACGAUUUCCAUCCUGGGCCAAAGUUCUCCUGGUUCUCCUGGUUCUCCUGGUUGUUGCUGGGUGUCUUUUGGUACAUUUCCGGCAGUAUUUCAUGUCAGUCUACCAGGUGGAGGUGGAGGAGGGGGUGGAGUCUGUCCUGCUGCCCUGCAAAACCACAGUUCACCUGCCUGAAGACGUAACAGUGGAGUGGAGGGACAGUUCAGUCUUCAACAGGAAGGUCCACGUAUAUAAGAACGGCUCUGACCAGCCUGAAGAACAGGACGAUCUUUACAGAGACCGAACAGAGAUGAAGAGAAACCUGCAGAGACCUGGAGACCUCAGUCUGACCCUGAAAUACCCCAAACAAGACAGUAACACCUACACCUGCACCGUCUACAGCAGGGAGAGACACAUCCUGAUGGAGAAACAAGUGGAGCUCGAAGUCAAAGUCUGUCAGGUGGAGGUGGAGGAGGGGGCGGAGUCUGUCCUGCUGCCCUGCAAGACCACAGAGAACCUGCCUCAGGACAUUAGAGUGAGGUGGAGACACUUUGAACCCCAAGCCAAAAAGACAGUCCACGUGUAUCAGAACGGCUCUGACCAGCCUGACCAACAGGACCAGGUUUACAGAAACCGAACAGAGAUGAAGGAAGACCUGCUGAGAACUGGAGACCUCAGUCUGACCCUGAAAUCCCCCACAGUCAGAGACAGAGGACGAUACAGGUGCAAUGUCUUCAACAGUGACGGAAACAUCCAGAGAGGGAAAACUGUUCAUCUCAGGGUCAAAGAGUCAGCAGAUUAUCAGGAGGAGGAAAGGGACAGCUGGCUGUGAACUGAUGUCCUCACUGGGUUUCUGAAGACUUCCUUUAGUGAGAAGCAGAUUAACUUUGUGCUUGUUGGAGUUUCUACAGGAAGAUGAAGAUGUUUGUGGUGUUUGUGAUCCUCG